AUGGGUUCAUGUUUUUCUGCCCCUGAGCCUUCGCCGCGGCGACGGCGGAAGCAUACACGAUCUCCUCCAACUGAAUCUCGAGAUAGGCCCCGCGAGGACGCAGAGCAUAAGAGAAGAAGUCUCAACAUGAAGAAGAAGAGGUCGAGUCGCAACAAAUCGAGUCGCCACAAAAAGAAGAAGAGAAGCCAUCACCGAAGCAGCAGACGGGGCAGCCGCCAGUCUAACGAUAUCUCGCCCAAAGAUACUGAAACCGAGGCCACCAGUGGUUGGACUGCAGACGACGACGACAACCGCUACCAGGUUGCGCUUUGGAUCGGCGAGUCCUCCCGGACACGCGGCGGCACAAACUCUCCACAAGAAGGCGGCUCUGGUGCCCGCGAGGCUGCGGUAGAGGAGGAUAAUGUUUCUUCUCCCGGUGAAGAGGACGGUGACGAGACUCCGGCUCCAGGGAGCUCCAAGAAGCCGCAGAGUACUAAAUAG